AUGGCUCCAUAUGGCAGGAUACUCAAUCACACCGAGGCAGGCCAAGGUGAGCCUGGAACAUUCGGCUUUCCAGGCCCCCGGACAGAGCAAUUUGCUCUUGGGUCACUGUAUUACCUCAUCAACGACGGUUUUGAAGUCUAUGGGGAUCGGUGCUUAACUGAGGAUCCUUAUGACCACAGCCCGAAGGUCGUGAGGUUACUCCAGAACAUGGAAUUUCCGAAAUUGGCUAGCGAUCCACUGGUUGACGAUGUUAUUGACAAGUGCUGGCACAAUGGAUACACGACGGUGUCAGAUUUGGCCGCCCAUACAAAGAAGAUCUUGCACGAAAGCCCGGACAGAGCACCCCAGAGCACUGGCAGCAUGGGAACUGAGCAAGCUAUUGGAGACAGCUCCGAUGAGCUAGAGGGAAACCUCAUGGGAGAUGACUUUCCUUCGAAAAGGAAUUUAUAUCAGGACCUGGAGCAACGUGGACUUCUUCAAUUUCUCUCGUCCGGAGAACGUGAGGAAAUCGGGUUCACAUUAGCUUGGUAA